GCUUCUGUCCCGGUGGGCUCUGUACGCGUUCGGUGCUUCCUUACUGUACCUGACAGUCUGUACUACUGCCCCUUCCCUGUUCCCAGCGGGAGGGACAUGAGUGUCCCUGGGCCGCCUUCCCUGGACGGGGUCCUGGCAGGGCCACCCGACGGCCUGGAGUCCGGGGGCCCGACGCCGGGUUUAAGUGACACUUCUCCAGAUGAAGGGUUAAUAGAGGACUUGACCAUAGAAGACAAAGCUGUGGAGCAACUGGCAGAAGGCUUGCUUUCUCACUACUUGCCAGAUCUGCAGAGAUCAAAACAAGCUCUCCAGGAACUCACACAGAACCAAGUUGUAUUAUUAGACACACUGGAACAAGAGAUUUCAAAAUUUAAAGAAUGUCAUUCUAUGUUGGAUAUUAAUGCUUUGUUCACUGAAGCUAAACACUAUCAUGCCAAGUUGGUGAAUAUAAGAAAGGAGAUGCUGAUGCUUCAUGAAAAGACAUCAAAGUUAAAAAAAAGAGCACUUAAACUGCAGCAGAAGAGGCAAAAAGAAGAGUUGGAAAGGGAGCAGCAACGGGAGAAGGAAUUUGAAAGAGAAAAGCAGUUAACUGCCAAACCAGCUAAAAGGAUGUGAGAAGUUGGAUGUUUGUGUCCUUCCUUCCCCUGUUCAUGUUCUGGAUUUAAGAUGACCCAGUGUAGACUGAAGUUAAGGUAGUGCCUUAUACCAUUGUGUUAUGUUUUGAAAUCCUUUUCCCAUGAGUGCUGUCUCUCUAUCUUCAUUUCAGCCAUUCAAGAAGCUUUUUUUCCUAAGUAGAAGACAUAAUAUCACUUGGUUUGGAUAUUUUAUAUGUAAUUUUUCAACUUUGUUUUGCUUUCUAAAAUUCAUUAUUUUGGCCUUAAGUCACUUAUAAACUGGAAAAUGGUUUAAUAGUCUAGACUAUAAGUGGUUAAAAAUUAGUAUGAAUUGUUUAACUUCUUAAUAAGUGUGGAUUUAAAAGUUUCAGUUUCUCAUUUUAUGAAAUGAAUUGCCUUUCUGGCAAUACAGCGCUGGGUUUUGGCAGUUGCCUUUUCAUUGUUUGGUUGAGAAGAAUUGCCAGCUGUUUAAUCUCAUAUGCCACUGGAAAAGAGGUGGUAUAAGCCUUUGUGAAGAACAUGAUAGAAAAGUGUGUACACAGGAAAUAGUAGCAUCUUAGACAUAGGAUAGGUGAGCAAGAUGCCGUGUAGAUUCCACUAACCAUAUACUAUAUCUGCUUCCUAGCUUUGUUGUUGCUGUUUUUUCCUUAUGCUGCUUCUGGGUUCAAAGUAGAUUAUAUCUAUUCCUAAAGUUUGGCGGGGGUGAUGUAGCUUUCACACACUCAAAUGUGUUUAAAUGUUUAUAAUUCUUAGUAACAGUCAUCACACACUGUGAGAUACAAUUGUCAAGCUGAUAAGAUAAUGAACCCGGCUUUCCAAGUGGAAAGUCUUACUGCUAGUCCUAGCUAUCCUCUGAUUUGCUGUGUGGUCUUAACAUGUGGUUACUUUUUCUGUGCUUUUAAAAAAAAUUCUUAAGGUAGAAUGAUACAUACCAACUACCCAUUUUAUAGAUAAUGACAAGAAUGGUGGAAAAUUAGUAAAUAGCUUCUUCACAAAAGAGGCAGCAUGAUACCUUUAGUGUUUUCUAGAUCCCCCUCCCCCAAUAUUACAUGUAGAAAUUUAUUAUGUGAGGGAAAUAUUAUGAAGUUUCAUUGUUUUAAAUUGAGAGUGUAUUAUUCACUGUUUUAGUUUUACUUAAUAUCCAUGAUGUCCAAUCUCUUACAUAGAGACUGUACAGAUUAGAUUACAGAUUAUGAUUAGAAUGUGUAUCUUUUAUAAUCUACGUUACAUUUGGUAAGCUGGAAUCACUCACUACCUCUGAUCACAUAUCAGGCUAACCAAUGAUGGAGAAGGCAUUAGAUUUAUGUCGAGUGUUAAGAACUGGUCUGUUUAAAGGUUUAAAAAAUUUGUUUGAAAACCUUUCCCUUCUUUAGUGAGUGAAUUAUUAUCUCACAAUUCUCUUGGUUUUGACCUUAUGUUUAAGAGUAUAAAUAUAUUUUAUUUUUAAAGGCUAUGUGUUGCCCUCAAACACUGGCUAAAACUCCUAGGGCAGGAUCAUUAGCACUGGCAGGACAGUGUCACCUAAACUGCUGAAUGUACUCAUUGAUAACCUGACAAAGGCUGUGCAUUGUUUCUUAGAGUGAUUUGUGGUGGCCAACUGCAAUGAUUGUUUAAAAUGCUGGUUCCUGGACACCACUCUCAAUCUAUUGAAGCAAAUCUGUUUGUUUUUCUCUUUUUUUCCUUUUUAAAAAGUUUCCUCAAGUGAUUCUGAUGUACCUUAUAAGUUGAGAACCGCUGGUCUAGUCAGAGGUUUCCACACUGGGCUGCAUAUUAGCACCUGGAAACUUUAAAAAAAUAUACUCUUGAAGAUUAUUACUCAUUAGUUCUUAGGUAGGGCCCAUGCACAUUUUAAAGAGCCCCCCAGAUAAGUCCAAUGCAAGGAACCACUGGUCUAGACUUUCUAGUGAUUUAUAUUUAUAAGGAGUGAAAUAGUUUGAAAGCUACCCAGUAACUCGUGGGAUUAAUCUUAUUAAAUAAAUUCUUAAACUGCUGCUUUUGAUAUAAAGUCAGAUUUAAGACUGAAAUAAAUAGCAGGCCGGAAAUAGGUAUAGAAUUCUGGUUAAUUGAACUUUUGUGACCUAUAUUUAAAUAAAUCAUGUUUAUUGAAUGAAUGGCAAGGCACAUGUACUUUUAGAAAUGUAUUACUUACAUUUUGAAGAUUUUUUAAAAUGUCAAGAAUAUAUAUUAGGAUCCACUAUUUUUAGGUCAAUUGUAAAUCAGAAGUACUGUUACUUUGGUAAUUAAAAUCUAAAACUUUAGCUGUAUCUCAGUAGCGUACAAACAUAUCUGACUAAAACUGAACAGAAUCCUUAUAAUUAGUCUUGCUGUAUUUUUGCACAAAAUUAUGAAUUGGUACUUGAGUUGAAAAAAUUGCCUAUGGUGUUUUAGUUGAAAAAAAUUGCCUUUGUUUUGAAACUAUAUCAUAUAUGUACUGAACUAAAGUGAUGGGAGUUAAUUUUGUAUUUACUUUGUAGGAGGUAUCAUGUAAAUAUGCAGACGUUGAAUGUAGUAUGGAUUGUGUCCGCAGUGAAUUUUUGGGUGGAUACAGUUUAUAAAUAUGCCAAUUAUAUACCCUCAUAUACUUGUCUGAUUUUGAGCUUGUAAAAUGAGGACUCCUUUUUACACAUUUAAUAAAGAAAAGAAAGGUCUAUGAA